GGUUAAUUAGAGUUUCAAACAAACGGUCCUUACCCAUCAUCUGUAGCUAGCUAGUGAGCAUGAGAUGGGCAUCACUGGCCUUCUCCCCUUCCUCAAGUCUAUUCAGAGGGAGGUUCACCUCUCAUCCUUCAGAGGCAAGAAAGCUGCUAUUGACUCGUACUGCUGGCUGCACAAAGGCUCUUAUUCCUGUGCACUGCAACUGGUCAUGGGCACUACCAAACUAGAGACCUUGCCGUUUAUCAAGUACUGUAUGAAGAAGGUGAACUUGCUGAGACAACAUGACAUCACCCCGGUGAUGGUGUUCGAUGGUGGCCGCCUGCCAACAAAGGCACACACAGAACACGAGAGGAGACAACGCAGACGAGAGUACAGAGAGAAGGGAAAACAGCUGCUCAAAGAUGGUAGGAGAUCAGAGGCUGUUGAUUGCUUCCAAAAGUGUGUUGAUGUGUCGCCAGACAUGGCUCUUGCUCUGAUCAAGGAAUGUCGUAAGAUUGGUGUGGAGUGCGUGGUGGCUCCAUAUGAAGCAGACUCACAACUGACUUACCUUCAGAACGAGGGAAUAGUAGACUUUGUCAUUACAGAGGAUUCUGAUCUGCUGGUGUUUGGCUGUGAGAGGGUACUCUUUAAACUGGAUGAUGCCGGAAAUGGUAAACUGAUCGAGCUUAAGGAAUUGGGCAAAGCCAACAAAGGAUUGGUGGGGUUUACUCAAGACUCUUUCCGUCAGAUGUGUAUAUUCUCUGGCUGUGACUACCUCUCCUCCGUGCCUGGGAUUGGUUUGGGGAAGUCCCUAAAGCUAAUGAGACGAUGUCAUCAAAAUCCAACACAGGUAAUACGUACACUACAGUGUGAGACAGGGAAAGUCCCUCCUAGCUAUGAGGAGGACUUCCAGAAGGCAGAGUCUACGUUUCUCUAUCAGCUAGUGUUUGAUCCUCGCUCUCAGAGCCAGGUGAGACUCCACCCCCUCCCACAAGAUAUGAGCUCUCAGGAUAUAGAGUUUGCUGGAGUGGAGAACUCUCCUAAGAAAGCUGUCAACAUGGCCAGGGGCAAUAUUGACCCAAUAUCACUGUGUGUGCUGGACACUUACUCUCCCUCUAAGGUCCCUCCACCACCCAAGACAAUGGCAUGGAGUGAGUCUGUUAUGAGCUCCAGUACCAAGUAUCCUGUGGCUAUUCAGGCCAAACUACCUCUAGUGGCGAGUGAGAGAUCAAAGCAGCCAUUCCGAGCACCCAAAAGAAAACUGGAGGAGGAGAUUUUAGAGGAAGAAUCAACUGAGGAGAAUGUGUUUUCCUUGUACAGUCAGCCCUCACCAGAGUCAUCACACGUCACUGAAACCAGGGAGGAGUCCACUGACGCUACUGUCAGCUCUCAAGGGGUUAAAGAGAGUAAUCAACCCAUCAAUUCCAGGUAUUUCUCGACUGAGGCCACUCCAUCAGAUGACAAUGACUGCCCUUCAAGGAGAGCCCUUACCAACAAACAGCUGACUCAGCAAUCCCCAGGCUCUGUGAGGAAGGUGCUGUUUGAUAAGGAAAUCCCAAGAGAUAGCAUUCUGAAGAUGCGGAGUAUGUACCAAUACUCUACUAAGAAACCAAGAACUGACAAUCCAUUCGAAGUCCUAGACCAGUGCUCACAACCGUCCACACAGCAGAGGAAAGUGGAAGUCAGUCGCAAUCCAUUCUCAAAGUCUAACUCAGCCACCAAACAGCCAGCAUCCUUCACACUCACUAGCCAACAACCCCUCACCACAGACCAUGAGCCCCCCUUCACCACAGACCAUGAGCCCCUCUUCACCACAGACCAUGAUGAGCCCCCCGUCACCACAGACCAUGAUGAGCCCCCCGUCACCACAGACCAUGCUACUAUAGCCUCUCCUACUGUAGAACCUGCACUGGAACGCAAGGUCAUGACCUCCGCCAGCUUCCUCACCCCUCACAGCUCACACACAGCACAGCAAUCUAGCGGCAGUUGGCUGGGCAAGAAAAAGACUGGACCCAACAAAAGAGGAACUAGAAUCGGUCUUUCAAAGUCAACGACAAGCUCUAACUUCAAGGCACCCAGACCAUCAGAGGGUCAAACCAAUCUCGGCAUGUUCGGCUACACCAGGAAGCCUCAAUUGAAGCGUUAAGAACAUUAUUUUAUUGGCAUUUUGUAAAAAACUUUAAUAAUUAUCAUUAUGACAGUGUACAGUUAUAUAUCUAUGUGAUAGCAUACUCUGUUUGAAAAAAUCCUGUAAA